GCCGUCCUGGAUGGCCUCGGGGGCGGCCUGUGCUUGGAGCUGAGUGUUGAAGCUGCCGGCCCGCGCCCGCCGGUCGCCUCAUGCUGCGGGCCGCGGCCGCCAGCCUCCGCUCGGAUUGGUGGCGCUAAGGCGCCGGGGCAGCGCGCGACAUGUCGUCGGGCCUCCGCGCCGCCGACUUCCCCCGCUGGAAGCGCCACAUCGCGGAGGAGCUGAGGCGGCGGGACCGGCUGCAGAGGCAGGCGUUCGAAGAGAUCAUCCUGCAGUAUAACAAGUUGCUGGAGAAGUCAGAUCUUCAUUCAGUGCUGGCCCAUAAGCUACAAGCUGACAAGCAUGACACACCAAACAGGCAUGAGAUAAGUCCUGGACAUGACGGUGCGUGGAAUGAUAGUCAGCUACAGGAAAUGGCCCAGCUGAGGAUUAAACACCAGGAAGAACUGACUGAAUUACACAAGAAACGUGGAGAGUUAGCUCAGUUGGUGAUUGACCUGAAUAACCAAAUGCAGCAGAAGGACCGGGAGAUGCAGAUGAACGAAGCAAAAAUUGCAGAAUGCUUGCAGACCAUCUCUGACCUAGAGACGGAGUGCCAAGAACUGCGCAGUAAGCUGCAGGACCUUGAGAAAGCCAAUCAGACCCUGAAGGAUGAAUAUGAUGCCCUGCAGAUCACUUUUACGGCCUUGGAGGAGAAACUGAGGAAAACCACUGAGGAGAACCAGGAGCUGGUCACCCGAUGGAUGGCCGAGAAAGCCCAGGAAGCCAACCGCCUAAAUGCAGAGAAUGAGAAGGAUUCAAGGAGGCGCCAAGCCCGGCUACAGAAAGAGCUUGCAGAAGCAGCAAAGGAACCUCUACCAGUUGAACAGGAUGACGACAUUGAAGUCAUCGUGGAUGAAACCACCGAUCAUGCUGAGGAGACCUCUCCCGUGCGAGCCAUCAGCAGGGCAGCCACUAAGCGACUCUCGCAGCCUGCUGGAGGCCUUCUGGAUUCUAUCACUAAUAUCUUUGGUCUGUCCGAGUCUCCCCUUUUGGGACAUCACUCUUCUUCUGAUGCUGCCAGGAGGCGCUCUGUCUCUUCCUUUCCAGCACCCCAGGAUAACGUGGAUGCUCAUCCUGCUUCUAGUAAAGAAGUGAGGGUGCCAACGACUGCAUUGUGUGUCUUUGAUGCUCACGACGGGGAGGUGAACGCUGUGCAGUUCAGUCCAGGUUCCCGGCUGCUGGCCACAGGAGGCAUGGAUCGGAGGGUUAAGCUUUGGGAAGUGUCUGGAGACAAAUGUGAAUUCAAGGGUUCCCUCUCCGGCAGCAACGCAGGCAUUACAAGCAUUGAAUUUGACAGUGCUGGAUCUUACCUCUUAGCAGCUUCAAAUGAUUUUGCAAGCCGAAUCUGGACUGUGGAUGAUUAUCGGUUGCGGCACACGCUCACCGGACACAGCGGCAAAGUGCUGUCGGCCAAGUUCCUGCUGGACAAUGCGCGCAUUGUUUCUGGAAGUCAUGACCGGACCCUCAAACUCUGGGAUCUACGCAGCAAAGUCUGCAUAAAGACCGUGUUUGCAGGAUCCAGCUGCAAUGAUAUAGUCUGCACGGAGCAGUGUGUAAUGAGUGGACAUUUUGACAAGAAAAUUCGUUUCUGGGACAUCCGAUCAGAGAGUGUUGUCCGAGAGAUGGAGCUGCUGGGGAAGAUCACUGCCCUGGACUUGAACCCAGAAAGGACUGAGCUCCUCAGCUGCUCCCGUGACGACCUGCUGAAAAUUAUCGACCUGCGGAUAAACGCGGUCAGGCAGACCUUUAGCGCGCCUGGGUUCAAGUGCGGCUCUGACUGGACGAGAGUUGUGUUCAGCCCUGAUGGCAGUUACGUGGCAGCAGGCUCAGCCGACGGCUCUCUCUACGUUUGGAGUGUGCUCUCAGGGAAAGUGGAGAAGGUCCUUUCGAAGCAGCACGGCUCAUCCAUCAAUGCAGUGGCGUGGUCCCCGUCCGGCUCCCACGUCGUCAGUGUGGACAAAGGAAGCAAAGCUGUGCUGUGGUCGGAGUAUUGAUGGCACCUCCCCAGGAGAGAGCGGAUCCGAAGUCGGAGAGACACAUGGCCCUCCAGCUCUGUCCUGGCCGGGGGUGUGCUGGGUGUAGCCUUGACAUCCAGAGAAGAGCUUGGGCCAUGUGGUGUGGUGGCCUGCCUUGGCCAGGACUCCUGAGGAUUUUGGCUGAGGCCUCUGAUGCCCUGAAAGAAUAGCAGUGAAAAGAUCUGAGCUUGCAGCCACUUGCAGAGCUUCAGGCUCUUGCCUUGACUCGGGUGGGAAACACUACUGGCUCUGAUCUUCCAUACCUCAGUGGGGGGUGCACAGGCACCGCUGGUGUCCUCACUGGGCGGCAGUGCCAAACAGCCCGCACGGCCAGGUGUCGGGGCUCCCUCCAUGCUUCCUCCUGUCCUUCCAAAGCCAGCUGUGGCCCAGUGCAUGUCCCGUCCCCCCAGGCCGUUCCCGUGAGCUUGCUUUAAUCAGUGGACGAACAGAAACCGAAUGCGCCGGCUCCUGCCCUCAGGUAGUCCACAGGGGCUGCCCUGACGUCUGAGGGGACGUGGGGUGUUGCCCCUGCUGGGCCGUGUCAUUGUUACGAGGCUCUCACUCCGCGCUCAUGUGGUUCCUGCCGGGAUUCCCGUAGAUGCCCUGCGGUGUUCUGGGACAGCACCUGUUCUUCAGAGCUGCUGGCUCCCCUUCCCCCGCCAGUUCUGCAGACCUGUUUCUUGGUCAAGACAUAAGUCUCAGUUUGGUUAAAAAUAUUCUUUUGAGGUAAAGAGGAAGUGCAGAAACGUUAGUCCAGAGAAGUGGAUGUGCUGCAGGAGUGAGGAGCGUGUCCGUGUCCAUCUGUAAGGUCCCAGACGGUGCCCGCGCCACAGCCGUUCCUCACGUCCCUGCGUUCCAGUGCUGGUGACAAGGGAUUUGCGGCCUCCGAUGCGUUACUGUGGAGCCGGUGCUUCUGGGUCCCUGUCCCUUUGCCACCCCCUCGGUGCUUUAGCACAGGAAGCCCGUUCCAGGGAGCCUGGGCUGUCAUCUGUAGGCUUCAGGAGUUGUGGCUAAGGCCGGGGAACAGCAGGCCUCUGGCAUUUUCUAGAACAUAUAUCUUCACCAUUUUACCUGCAUAUGAAACUGUAGUUCCUUGAGUGACUGAAACACCAAUAUUUUUAUCACUUUUUAGUUUGCACUUUAAUUUUUUCCCUUCCAAACUCGUUCUCUGGACGGUUGUGGAUGCACAAGCUAGGAGUGAGGGCAUGAGCUGCACUUCUGCUCGACAAGGGGCCUCGUCUCCCUUCUCCUCCUGCCCUCGUCCCCUUUCCUGUUUGCCAUUCAGAGAACUCGAAUUCACAGGCCAGGGCACAUCUUUUAUUUAUUUAAUUAUGUUGCCCCACAGAACUUGAUUGUAAAUAAAUAAAAAAGCUGUUAUAUACUU